CUAUUCCCUAAAAGACAAAAAAAGAGACCGAGAUCCCACAGAAAGAAUCGAUGAUGUAGACCACUAUUAAAGGCUUGGGGUAUGGAGACAGAGGGUGAGAAGGCACCUAGAAGGCGAUAUAGGCUAUUAGACUAGCCGCGAGUAGACUCAGUCAGUAGAGGUUCCAGACCCGACUCUGCUAUUUACCAGCUUGGGUUUCAAUGUCUGAAUGGAUCUUAUAGGAUCUUGGUGAAAAUCAGCCUCAUAAACGAAUGCUUGUAAAACACUAGUACAGUUCUUGACAAAUGCUUAAUACAUCUCUGUUACUUCGGAAGAGGAAAGGUCCCUGGCUGUGGGUUGGGGUAUGGACAAGAUGACCCUGCAGGGACACAGGGCAGAGGUCCAGUGACUCCAGAGACCAUUCCUCCUCUGCUGUUUGCAGCUGAUAAACCUCUUAUCUGGUCCAGGCAGGGGAGUCCAGGGCCAGGACAGGAGGAGAGGGCAGGGCAGCUAUCAGGCACCAGGCCUGGGCCAUAUCUCAGAGAAGGGGAGGACUGUCUGCGUGGUUCUUCCCACAACACACUCCUUGGGGAUCCCCGAGCACUCGCUCUCAUCUUGGGAAGAAAAGGCUGAGAUCCUAACUCUGAGAACAGAGGAGGAAAGCAGGAUGUUGCCUCAGAAAAUGGGGAGAAAAAAUCCAGAAGACGUGACUUCUGCCCCAGCCAGUGAUACAGUUUUGGGGAGAAAGAAAUAGGGUAAAGAGAAAGCAUCUUGUCUGAAAAAAAGGUUGCUGGGGCCAUUUGGGUUUUGGGGGACCCUGGACCAGGCCCUGGCCCAGUAGGAUGCCCCCGUGUCCUCCCCAGCAGAGCAGGAACAGGGUGACACAGCUGCCCACUCCGGAGCUGGGUGAGAUGGAACUGACUUGGCAAGAGAUCAUGUCCAUCACUGAGCUGCAGGGCCUAAAUGCUCCAAGUGAGCCGUCGUUUGAGCCUCCAGCCCCAGCCCCAUACCCUGGGCCCCCACCACUCCCAACUUACUGUCCUUGCUCAAUCCACCCAGAUGCUGGCUUCCCCCUUCCUCCACCACCUUAUGAGCUCCCAGUAUCCUCAACUCAUGUCCCAGACCCCCCAUAUUCUUAUGGCAACAUGGCCAUCCCAGUCUCCAAGCCACUGACUCUCUCAGGCCUGCUCAGUGAACCCCUCCCAGACCCCUUAGCCCUCCUGGAUAUUGGGCUGCCAGCGGAGCCACCCAAGCCUCAAGAAGACCCAGAAUCCGACUCAGGAUUAUCCCUUAACUAUAGUGAUGCUGAAUCUCUUGAGCUGGAGGGGACAGAGGCUGGUCGGCGGCGUAGCGAGUACGUAGAGAUGUAUCCAGUGGAGUACCCCUACUCACUUAUGCCCAACGCCUUGGCCCACCCCAGUUAUGCCUUGCCACCUGCUGAGACCCCCUUAGCCUUAGAGCCGUCUUCAGGCCCUGUGCGAGCCAAGCCCACCGCACGGGGGGAGGCAGGGAGUCGGGAUGAGCGUCGGGCCCUGGCCAUGAAGAUCCCCUUCCCUACGGACAAGAUUGUCAACCUGCCGGUAGAUGACUUUAAUGAGCUGUUGGCACGGUACCCGCUGACAGAAAGCCAGCUGGCACUAGUCCGGGACAUUCGACGGCGGGGCAAGAAUAAGGUGGCUGCCCAGAACUGUCGCAAGAGAAAGCUGGAAACCAUCGUGCAGCUGGAGCGGGAGCUGGAGCGGCUGGGCAGUGAGCGGGAGCGGCUGCUCAGGGCCCGUGGGGAGGCCGACAGGACCCUGGAGGUGAUGCGCCAACAGCUGGCCGAGCUGUACCGGGACAUUUUCCAGCACCUUCGGGACGAAGCCGGCAAUAACUACUCCCCUGAAGAGUAUGCGUUGCAACAGGCUGCUGAUGGGGCCGUAUUCCUCGUGCCCCGGGGAAGCAAGAUGGAAGCCUCAGACUGAGCUGGCCCAGCGGGGCAGACCGCUGACGGAGAUGCCCUUCAUUCCCUUCUGAUAAAGGAACUCCCCGACCCCGAGGCCCAGAAGAGGACCGCAGUGAAAAGUCUGACAUGUUAGGUCCAAGGUGUGUGUUCCAUGAGGCUUGCUGUGAGACAAGUGUGUGAGGGGAAGGCUGGAAUCUUUCUGUGACUCAGCUCCCCAGGUCUCCAACCUCCACCUCUUGUUUGAGCUCUGGUUUAUAAAGCACUCUACAGAAA